AUGGAAUUCUAUUUCAAGUAAAGAUAGUUAUUAAAUGAGACUGAUUUGGCUAUCUCUCUUGACCAUAAUAAUAACAAUGAUGACAACGAUAAGUACUCCUAUGAGUCCUAGGAGGAAGAGGAGUCAGAGUAGUACGAGGAUGAGCAUCGAAACGAUUUCGAGGACAUGACCAGCGAUUCAGAGAAUGAAACGAGUUAUAAAAAUGAAUAAAGUUCGCCUAAUUAGCAAUAAAAGUACAACUAGCAGUAUGCAAGGACCGAAGUUAAAUCCAAUAAUAACAACUCUCUUAUUUAAAAACCAGACAGCCACAAUAUGACAAUGGUUUAGACUAGUUAGGAGGGAAAGAUAAUGCAGCGCUCCUCAAUAGGCGACAGCACUUCUGCGACUACAUAGAAUGAAGACUCUUCAUCUUAUCAGACUGCUAUCAACAUCAGCAUAAGACCUCCAGAGAAAUUAUUAGAGCCUCGAAGAAUUGAGAAAAAAGAGUAGCUACGGUGUGACGAUGAAGACAUUGUAAAAAAGAACUUCAAGAGAUUUCUGAGGUUGGUUGAACAGCAUAAGAGCACCGUGAAUAAUCAGAGCAAUAUGCAGAUCUAGCAGCAACAACAGCAGGCAUAGAAGUAAAAUCAACUACCUCCUGAUGACUUGAAUAUCAAAACUUCAGAUGACUACAAUACUAAAGAUUUGAUUCAGACUGAAGGGAUAUUCCAAUUGUUCAGGAUACCUGGCCAGCAUAAUAAUCUGGUAAGAAGGUACUGCUACAUGCUUGAUCAGGACUACAAUCAUAAUAAGGUAGUGAGUCUGAUUAAUCUGAUUCAGCAGUAGCAAAUUAAUCCUAAUUCAAACACAACGAGGUUUUUCUUUAAUUUUGACAGAGAAAAUGCUGCUCAAAUGUUUGGAUAUCGUUUAGCAUUCAAUACUUAAACUGAUAUCCCCAAACAGACACAGUUCAUUAAACCUAGAAACGCUAAGAACAUUAUUGCUGAGGAGUAAAUCAACAAGCUAGCUGGGAGAUACGAGAUCAUUAAUGCAUUUAAAACAAAAAGAAGAUUAUUAAGACCGAAGUAAAAUCCUUAAUUAAUCAAGGAACUACAAUCUAAGAAUUAGAAGCAAAAUCAGCCAGUGGCAAUAUAAAAUGCAAAUGUGCAGCAAGACCUUGCAUUAAUGACUUUUGAAUUAAAGCAGGGAGAGUAAUAAAGCCAAUCAGUGUAACAGCAGUAAUAACAAUAGUAAUAGUAAUGCGAUGAAGAAAUAGUUUAUGAGAGAGUUAUUCAAGGUUUACCAUGGCAUUAUAUAUAGAGUACAGAGCCUACUAUCAGAGAUUCAAGUCAUAACAAAGUUAGCAACAGAAAGCAUUUAAAGCAUAACUAAAUAUCUCCAAAUAAAAACAGCACUCUCAAUUCAUUCAGAUAAAGACAGCAAUAUCCCAACCCAACUUUAGGUCAAUACAAAUCUUAAAAUGCAAGUCAAAGAGAACUGUAUAGAGUUUUGCAGCAGAAAAAUUAGCAGGCUUAGCCUAAAUCUCAAACUACUUAGAAUGCGUCUCAAAUUCAUUCGAUAAAUAGAGUCAGAUAGGAUUCUUCUCAAAAUUAGAAUCGAAGUAUGGUAAGCAAAAAAAAGUCAGUCAUUGUAAGAAACUUUGAAGCGCAUCAAAACAAUCUAAAGCAAAUGGAUAUAACAGGUGUGCUUGGGGGAGUGAGUGCUCACAAUGAGUCUCUCUCUUAAUCUAUGAAGUAGCAGUCAAAUGGCAAGGUAACUACUACAUUCAGACAGAAUCAAAUGGUAAUUCAGACCAUCAAGAAGCAUGUUUAAAAUUAAAAUCCUAACUAUUCUGGGAUAGGUGGUUUGGGUUUGCAGUAGUUCGUUUCGAAGAGCAACACCAUCGAGAACAACUCUCAGUUUUACAACUCAGUAGUCCAAUAAUAUAUGGAGAGUAAGAGCUAAGGCUACUUCCCGCAGAUCUAGAAUAAGAAUCAGAAUCAUAAUGACAGUCAUGUAUUCCUCAGUGUAAAUAGUCAAUCCUAAGUUUAAGCAGCCUAGGCACAAUAAUGCAAUUUAAAUAAGAAUAAUAAGACACCCAAUACCCUUAUAAAUAACCCUAACAAAGACAAUUUAAAGUAAAGAUCAGUAACCGAAGAUGAUUCAUUUGGAAUCGGAAUAGGUGGAAGGAAGAAGCUAGAAAAUAAGAUAUUCUAAGAGGAUAUGAUGAAUAUUUAGAACACCAGCAUUGAGAGAUAUAUGAAACGGCAGUAGCAAAUACAGUCCUAUAAGAUUAGUAGGAAUAUUUUUGACAACAAAGAGGAUUCACUCUCCCAAAAAUCACAUAACUUAUCUCAAAAUAAAAGAAGCUCAGGCACUGGAAACUUAUUGUAAAAUUUGAACAUCUAGCCUUAGAUCCAGAUUAAUCUAAAACAGAGCAUUCUUCAAGACUCAUAAAUAAAAAACUAGCUGCCUGUCUCGAAUUCACUUCCUUCAAAUAAUGACAUUGAAAAUAUUACGAUUGGUAGAAAUAAUGCAAACACCUCUAAUCUAGCGAAACUGAUACAGCCUAACGUAUCUAAAACUGGCUUAAACUUAACGAGCUUGCCUAACCCUCCAAUGCUUUUUGUUCAGAAAUACAGAGAGCAUCAAUUAAAGCUUAAUCAGCGAAUGGAAAAAAGGAAUUUAAAUGACUUGUCAUUUAACAAAAGUGACAAUGGCAAUAGUGAUGGCGUCUUUGAGAAGGUUAACCAUAGGAUAAUGAUGGGAGACAGCAAGCAGCCUUUCACCAAGAUCUUCAACGAGCUGGAUAAUAACUUGUUCUACAACUCCAAGCACCCUCCAUCUAAUCACUAGCUGGCUAACUUGAUGAAUAUCGAAUCUGAGAGUUUUUGUUUCGACACUAGUAAGAAUCUCUCACCCUUAAGACCGAUAACUAUCUUGAACCCAGAGACCUAGCAUCCUAAGAUGCAGACCUCUCCACAUUCAAGACUCAGCUCUUAUCAUUAUCAAUUUUUGAAUAAUAGUUUGGAAUAAGGCUACAACUACAAUUUCACAAGCGGAGGAAAAGGGGGUCUGAAGGAGGCUAAUUCGAUUGAAAUGGCGAAUCCUUAUAACAGUAAAAAGUAUUAAUAGAUUAGAGAGGCCGGGCAGGAAUUAAGUUUCUAUCAGAGUAAAAAUUGA